AUGAGCGGUGAUAAAGAAGUCUCGAUUGAAGAACUCGAGUACGAAACGCAACAUCGCUACCAAUUCAAAAGAUUGCUUGGCCGCGGUGCUUAUGGUGUAGUUUUUGCUGCAAAAGAUAAGCAAACGGGCAAAUUAGUUGCAGUUAAACGCGUUGAACGCAUUUUUGAAACGACUUUAGAUGCGAAACGUUGUCUCCGUGAGGUGUGCAUUCUGUCCCACUUAAAACAUGAAAAUAUUACAAAUUUAAUAGAUGUUACUGCUAAUCCAGAUUAUUCCAAAUUCGAGUCAUUAAUCGUAGUUAUGGAUUUAAUGGAAACAGAUCUCUAUCAAAUUAUUAAUAGCCAUCAACCAAUUACAGUAGAUCACCAUAGAUUUUUCAUUUAUCAAGUUUUACGCGGAUUGAAAUUUAUUCAUUCUGCAAACGUUCUUCAUCGUGAUCUUAAACCUUCAAAUCUUCUUGUAAAUUCAAAUUGCGACCUCAAGAUUGGCGACUUCGGUCUUGCACGUAUCAGCCAACCCGAUGAAGAUUCCGAAUUCUUAUCCGAAUAUGUUGCUACUCGUUGGUACCGCCCACCAGAAGUACUUUUGAACUACGAAACAUACGGACCACAACUUGAUGUUUGGAGUGUUGGUUGUAUUCUUGCCGAACUUAUUCUCCGCAAGCCUCUUUUCCCAGGCCGUUCAACUACUAACCAGAUUUCCUUAAUUGUUGAUAUAAUCGGAAGUCCAUCUGAAGAAGAUUUGGCCUCUUGCCCUUCGAAGAAUGCCGUUCGCUACGUUAAAGGCCUAGGACCUAAGCCAAAAAUCCCCUGGAAGCAAAUUUUCAGAGGAAAGCAAUUUGAUGACCAAGAAAUCGAUCUUGUCGAUAGAAUGCUUACAUGGAAUCCAGAUAAGAGAAUUACAGUCGAUGAAGCACUUGAGCAUCCAUUCAUGGAGAAAUUACACGAUCCUACUGAUGAACCAGUUACUUUCCCACUUGAUGACUUCGAAUUUGAACGUGAAGAUAUCAAGUUACGCGAGCUAAAGAUGAGAGCAUGGAAUGAAGUUCUUAAGUAUCAUCCAGAAUUCGGAAAGCCCAAAUAA